UCUCGCCUAAUCUAUGACAAUUUCCCGAUUUGACUAUACAGAGUUGAAUCAUGUGAUACACACCGUAGAUUGGCAGAACAAGACCGUAGUGGAUUUCUUCCGGUCGCACAUUGACAAAAGCCAGGUGUAUGAAUAUUGUCACGGAGUGCACCUUAAACCACAAAAGCCUCGGGUGGUUUCCACCACCACAAACAGCACACCCAUAUGUUGCUACCGCACAGCCAGACUGUUCAUAAUUAUCGAACAAGGACCGAGAAGAUGCAUAUACAAAGUAUUUGCAUUCUACCUGGAAAAUGUAUAUAUAAAACUCAAGAACAAUUCAACACACACACAAAUAAUCCUUAAAAAUGUGUAUUUGACAACGAAUGUUUUGAAAUAAAUAAUAUGAUAAAAUUUAUAAGAAAAAAUAGAAUUUUUAUAAUAAAAAAUAUUGUAAUGUUUGUAAAA